UCUGCCCCGCUUGUCAUGACUCCCAUAAAACUUCCAGCAGCAGCAGCAGCAGCAGCAGUAACAACAGCAGCAGCAGCAGCAGCAGCAGCAGCAGCAGCAGCAGCAGCAGCCUGGGCUAUGACUGCAGCAGCUCCUCAGUUGCAACCUCCUCCUGCUCUCCUACUUUGCCCGAUGGACCUCGAGCAUUACGUCAGUUUCAAGACACCAACACUAUUAAUAUCAAAGGAGCCUUCGCAGAGGAAAGCGCCACCCCAGCCUGAGCUCCCUUAA